AUGUCGACCGUCUCCGCUCCCGGUGUGGGCGGCACCUUCGUCCUCAACUCGGCCAAUGGCCCGCCGCUCAUUCUCGUCUUUGUCGCGUCCGGUCUCCUGGUGGGCGUCGUGCUCUCGAUCCUCGUCCUUAAGCGCAUCUACCCCACCAUGAACUUCACCACUCGCACCCCUCGGAGGCGCCGCGAGGUUCGGCUGGGGGAGAAGCCCCGCAUAUGGGAUGUCCACGUCUCCCCGUACAGCCGCAGUGUGGGGACGGAGGGCCUCGGUCCUGGGGGAUGGCACGCGCUGAUGCCACUGGCCGCCUCGUUUGUUACAGAACAGACGGAUGUUAAGCCUCCCCCUCCCGAGCAGCCCAUAGCGCCAGUGCCAGCAUUAUCUCCAUUCCGCCGUCAAUGUCACCAUCUCCUGCACCUCUACCGCACGCCUCGUGUUCCCCGAGAAGAACUCCUUCCUACCUCAGCGGUGGAGCCACCACCCCUCCCUUCCCGUCUACAGGUUGCCGUCGUGGUCGCCCUGCCUUCGCCGUGCAUCGCGCGACCGUAUUCGCUGUGCUCCGAGGACAGCGGGGCCAGCUCGUCGUGCUCUAGCCCACGCCCGGAUAGUUUACAGGAAUACUGCCUUGGGAUCACAGAAGUGGCCGAUAUUACGCCACCAUUGCUAUCUGAUAUCCCCGACGGUGCGGGCGCCGAGGAUUAG